UUUAUUCAGAUACAUACUGACUGUGUCCUAUGCACCAGUCACAGUGCUAGGCCAGGGACACACGAUGAACAAGAUAGACGACGAACAAGGUCAAGUUUUGAAUAAGUUGUCAGAAGUGAGUUCUCUAGUGGCCAAAGCAAUGAUGGAAACCUGAGCAAUUACAAGCUCCACUGUAGCCACAAGAUGCCAAUAUGCUCAGGAGAAGCCCCGGUUUUCCUGGCGAAAUGAAUGUCUGAGACGCCCAUGUCCACUACUGCCAGGAACUGCUGCCGCCACCGCUGGCAACCCCGAUGGCCUACAUACCGGGUGGGGGUGCCCCAGCAUCGGGGGUGGCCCCCAUGGGCUCCCAAUAUUGCGUGUGCAAGGUGGAAUUGUCAGUGAGUGGCCAGAAUCUGCUGGACCGGGACGUCACCUCCAAGUCCGACCCCUUCUGUGUCCUCUUCACAGAGAACGAUGGCAGGUGGAUCGAGUACGACAGGACAGAAACUGCAGUCAACAACCUCAACCCCGCAUUCUCCAAGAAGUUCGUCCUCGACUACCACUUUGAGGAGGUGCAGAAGCUCAAGUUUGCCCUGUUCGACCAGGACAAGUCCAGCAUGCAGCUCGACGAGCAUGAUUUCCUGGGCCAGUUCUCCUGCAGCCUGGGCAUGAUCGUUUCCAGCAAAAAGAUCACUCGGCCACUGCUGCUGAUGAAUGACAAGCCUGCGGGGAAGGGCUUGAUUACGAUUGCUGCCCAGGAGCUGUCAGACAACCGGGUCAUUACACUGAGUCUGGCGGGCAGGAGGCUGGACAAGAAGGACCUCUUUGGGAAGUCAGAUCCAUUUCUCGAAUUCUAUAAGCCAGGAGAUGAUGGCAAGUGGAUGCUGGUCCACAGGACUGAGGUGAUCAAGUACACGCUGGACCCUGUGUGGAAGCCAUUCACUGUGCCACUGGUGUCCCUGUGUGAUGGGGACAUGGAGAAGCCCAUCCAGGUUAUGUGCUAUGACUAUGACAACGACGGGGGCCACGAUUUCAUCGGCGAGUUCCAGACCUCAGUGUCACAGAUGCGUGAGGCUCGAGAUGGCAUCCCGCUGGAGUUCGAGUGUAUCAACCCCAAGAAGCAGAGGAAGAAGAAGAAUUAUAAAAACUCAGGCAUCAUCAUUCUACGUUCCUGCAAGAUAAACCGGGACUACUCCUUCCUGGACUACAUCCUGGGAGGUUGCCAGCUCAUGUUCACCGUUGGAAUAGACUUUACAGCCUCCAAUGGUAAUCCCCUCGACCCUUCCUCUUUGCACUAUAUCAACCCUAUGGGCACCAAUGAAUACCUGUCGGCCAUCUGGGCUGUUGGGCAGAUCAUUCAGGACUAUGACAGUGAUAAGAUGUUUCCGGCUCUAGGGUUUGGGGCCCAGUUGCCCCCGGACUGGAAGGUCUCUCAUGAGUUUGCCAUCAACUUCAACCCCACCAACCCCUUCUGCUCAGGCGUGGACGGCAUCGCCCAGGCAUACUCAGCUUGCCUGCCCCACAUCCGCUUCUACGGUCCCACCAAUUUCUCUCCCAUCGUCAACCACGUGGCCCGGUUUGCAGCCCAGGCCAUGCAGCAGCAGACGGCCACGCAAUACUUCAUCCUCCUCAUCAUCACGGACGGUGUCAUCAGCGACAUGGAGGAGACACGGCACGCCGUGGUGCAGGCUUCCAAGCUGCCCAUGUCCAUCAUCAUCGUGGGCGUGGGUAACGCGGACUUCACCGCCAUGGAGUUCCUGGACGGAGACAGCCGCAUGCUGCGCUCCCACACGGGGGAGGAAGCGGCCCGCGAUAUCGUGCAGUUUGUCCCCUUUAGAGAGUUUCGCAACGCGGCAAAAGAGACCUUGGCCAAAGCCGUGCUGGCGGAGCUGCCCCAACAAGUUGUGCAGUAUUUCAAGCAUAAAAACCUGCCCCCCACCAACUCGGAGCCCGCCUGAGCGCCGGCCCGUCCGUGCCCAGCAGCAGCAUGCCGGCUGGGCCUCCCGCCCGCCCCAGGAACGUGCACGCUCACCCUGCUUCCUUGUGGGUGGAUUUUUUUUUUUUUGAACUGAUCCACAUGUUUAUUUUUUACAACCGGACCUCCAUCCCCAACUUCCCCCGGGCCAGCUGGGCAUCCUUUGUUGGAGUCGACGGAUGAUGCUGCCGGGCCAAACCGGCUCCCUCUCCCCCUCUCCCCACCCUCCCCAUUCUUAAGUAUUGAAUGUACUUUGUAUAAUUUUCGUGGAAUUAUUAUUGUUAUUAAAGAGAAUAAAAUUUUUACAAUCAUAA